AUGUUCUUCUUUGUGAGCCAAGUCAGAGGAAUAGGAUCUGGUGCAUUAAUGCUGAGCUUCAAGAAUCCAACAGACACCAUGUUGCCAACUCAAGCACUGGAUAUCGGGGAAAAGCUGUCCUCUGGUCAAAUGGCUGGCAAUUUCUUGAAGGGAAGAUUCCAACUCCGCAUGUUACCAGAAGGUAAUUUGGUCCUUAAUACAAUGUCAGUGCCAUCAGAAUAUGCAUAUGAGCCUUAUUAUGUCAGCAACACAGAGGAUAGUGGAAAGAUAGUCCCAACAAGCGAUUUCUACCACAGAGCAACACUGAAUUUUGAUGGGAUCUUUACACAGUAUGCUCAUCCCAAGCCAUCAAGAAACACAAGCUUGGACCAAUCUUGGUUCCCUGUCUGGUCUAUACCUGAUAACAUUUGCCUGGCUACUUUGGGAACUCUUGGUAGUGGGGUUUGUGGGUUCAAUAGCUAUUGCAUACUUGAUUCAAAUAGCAGGCCAAAAUGUGCUUGUCCUCCUGGAUAUUCUUAUAUUGAUCCAAAUAACACCUUCAAUGGCUGCAAGCUAGAUAGAGUGCCAAGUACAUGCCAUGGGGAGGAUCAAGAAAACCAUGAACCAGAGGAGUUGUAUGAUAUGCAUGUAAUGUCAAGUACUUUUUGGCCCACUUCGAACUAUGAAGUGCAGCAGAAAUUCAAUGAAACUGAAUGCAGGCAGUCCUGUUUAUAUGAUUGUCACUGUAUGGUUGCUGUUUCUAGAGCUGGUUUUUGCUUCAAGAAGAAAUUGCCACUUUCAAAUGGAAAAGUGGAUCCUGCUUUCCCAGCAACAUGUUUCAUCAAGGACACUGGUCCUGAUAGGAUCAAUUCUUUUAGGCGGCUCAGUGUUCCUGAAUAUUGUAGCGGCAAUCUCAAUACGAACUUUUCCUACGAAACCUCAGAGAAGCUACUGAUGGAUUCAAAGAAGAACUUGGGAAAAGGUUCUUUUGGCACAGUAUAUAAAGGUUUCCUAACUUCAUCAACUUCAAGUGAGCUUGCUGCAGUCAAGAAACUAGACAGGGUUAUCGAGGAAGGUGAGCACGAAUUCAAGACAGAAGUGAGCGUGAUUGCCCAGACCCACCACAGAAAUUUAGUCAGAUUACUCGGAUUCUGUGACGAAGGGCCACAUAAGCUUCUGGUAUAUGAGUUCAUGAGCAAUGGCUCUCUAGCUAGCUAUCUUUUUGGAGUCUCAAGGCCAAGCUGGAGCAAACGGAUUCAAAUCAUAUCUGGGAUCGCAAGGGGCCUUCUUUACUUGCAUGAAGAUUGUGCAAUGCAGAUCAUCCAUUGCGAUAUCAAGCCACAGAACAUACUCCUGGAUGAUUCAUUAACAGCAAAGAUUUCUGAUUUUGGAUUGGCCAAGCUUCUAUUGAGUGAUCAAACCCGGACUAAUACUGCCAUCAGAGGGACCAGAGGAUACAUUGCACCUGAAUGGUUCAAGAACAUUCCAAUCACAGCCAAAGCAGAUGUUUACAGUUACGGGGUGAUAUUACUGGAGAUCAUAUGCUGCAGGAAGAAUGUUGAGCAGGGAAUGGAGGAUGAAGAUGAAUUUGUUCUUACUGAUUGGGCUUAUGACUGCUACAGGCAUAGGGAAUUGCAUAAGUUGUUGAAGAGUGAUAAGGAGGCAAGAAAUGACAGGAAAAGAGUAGAGAAGCUUGUUAUGGUGGCAAUUUGGUGUAUUCAAGAGGAUCCUUGUUUAAGGCCAACUAUGAAAAAGGUUAUACAGAUGCUUGAAGGAGUAAUCGAUGUUUCUGUGCCUCCAUGUCCUUUCCCCUUAAGUUCUGUCUGUUAA